GGGGCUCCCCCCCCGCCGCCGCCGCCGCCGCCGCCGCCGCGCGGAGGGGCCGGCGGAGAGCCGCGGAAGUGCACUUGCUGCAGCCAUUUCCUGCUCUUUGUGCGGGCGGCGCGGAGCGGAGCAUCCCGCGGCGCGGAGCAUCCCACCCCGCCGAGCGCCAGUGCAGAAACUGAACAUCCAGAACCAUGACCACUCACGUCACACUAGAGGAUGCCUUGUCCAACGUGGACUUACUGGAGGAGCUGCCUCUUCCAGACCAGCAGCCAUGCAUCGAACCGCCUCCGUCCUCCAUCAUGUACCAGGCUAAUUUUGACACAAACUUUGAAGACAGAAAUGCCUUUGUGACUGGCAUUGCCAGGUACAUCGAGCAAGCGACAGUGCACUCCAGCAUGAAUGAAAUGCUGGAAGAAGGCCACGAGUAUGCUGUGAUGCUUUAUACAUGGAGGAGCUGCUCACGAGCCAUCCCCCAGGUGAAAUGUAACGAACAGCCAAACAGAGUGGAGAUUUAUGAGAAGACAGUGGAAGUCCUGGAGCCAGAAGUCACCAAGCUUAUGAAGUUCAUGUAUUUUCAGCGCAAGGCUAUCGAGCGGUUCUGCAGCGAGGUGAAGCGCCUGUGCCAUGCUGAGCGGAGGAAGGACUUCGUCUCCGAGGCCUAUCUCCUCACGCUGGGCAAGUUCAUUAACAUGUUUGCUGUCCUGGAUGAGCUGAAGAACAUGAAGUGCAGUGUCAAAAAUGACCAUUCCGCCUACAAAAGAGCUGCCCAGUUUCUGCGGAAGAUGGCAGACCCCCAGUCCAUCCAGGAGUCCCAGAAUCUCUCCAUGUUCCUGGCAAACCACAACCGCAUCACACAGUGUCUGCACCAACAACUAGAGGUUAUCCCUGGCUAUGAGGAAUUACUGGCUGAUAUUGUCAACAUCUGUGUGGAUUACUAUGAAAACAAGAUGUAUCUCACUCCCAGUGAGAAACACAUGCUCUUAAAGGUGAUGGGAUUUGGCCUGUAUCUCAUGGAUGGGAAUGUAAGCAACAUUUACAAGUUGGAUGCCAAGAAGAGAAUCAACCUUAGCAAAAUAGACAAAUUCUUCAAGCAGCUGCAGGUGGUUCCUUUAUUCGGCGAUAUGCAGAUAGAACUGGCCAGAUACAUUAAGACCAGUGCUCACUAUGAGGAGAACAAAUCCAAGUGGACAUGCACUCAGAGCAGCAUAAGUCCCCAGUACAACAUCUGUGAGCAGAUGGUCCAGAUCCGAGACGACCACAUCCGCUUCAUCUCAGAGCUCGCUCGCUACAGCAACAGCGAGGUGGUCACUGGCUCAGGACUGGACAGCCAGAAAUCAGAUGAAGAGUACAGGGAGCUCUUUGAUCUCGCUUUACGGGGACUGCAGCUGCUGUCCAAGUGGAGUGCCCACGUCAUGGAAGUGUACUCUUGGAAGCUGGUUCAUCCCACAGAUAAAUUCUGUAACAAGGAUUGCCCAGGAACAGCAGAAGAAUAUGAGAGAGCCACCCGCUACAACUACACCAGUGAAGAGAAGUUUGCCUUUGUGGAGGUAAUUGCCAUGAUCAAAGGUCUGCAAGUGCUGAUGGGCCGGAUGGAGAGUGUCUUUAACCAAGCUAUCCGCAACACUAUCUAUGCAGCCCUGCAGGACUUUGCCCAGGUGACCCUGCGAGAGCCGCUCAGGCAGGCGGUCAGGAAGAAGAAGAACGUUCUGAUCAGUGUCCUUCAGGCAAUUCGGAAGACAAUCUGUGACUGGGAGGGAGGUCGAGAACCUCCAAAUGAUCCUUGCCUGAGAGGUGAGAAGGAUCCUAAAGGUGGAUUUGAUAUUAAAGUCCCACGACGAGCAGUAGGACCAUCAAGUACACAGCUUUACAUGGUGCGGACCAUGCUGGAGUCCCUCAUAGCAGACAAGAGCGGCUCAAAGAAGACUCUGAGGAGCAGCUUGGAUGGGCCGAUAGUCUUGGCCAUUGAGGAGUUCCACAAGCAGUCCUUCUUCUUCACCCACCUUCUCAACAUCAGUGAAGCGCUGCAGCAGUGCUGUGACCUGUCCCAGCUCUGGUUUCGAGAGUUCUUCCUGGAGCUGACCAUGGGCCGCCGCAUCCAGUUCCCCAUCGAAAUGUCCAUGCCCUGGAUCCUCACGGACCAUAUUCUGGAAACCAAAGAACCCUCCAUGAUGGAGUACGUACUGUACCCCUUGGACCUCUAUAAUGACAGUGCAUACUAUGCCUUGACCAAGUUCAAAAAGCAGUUCCUAUACGAUGAAAUUGAAGCUGAAGUGAAUUUGUGCUUUGAUCAAUUUGUGUACAAGCUGGCAGAUCAGAUCUUUGCCUAUUAUAAAGCAAUGGCUGGCAGUGUUUUAUUGGACAAGCGUUUCCGGGCUGAAUGUAAGAAUUAUGGGGUGAUUAUUCCAUACCCACCAUCCAACCGCUAUGAAACACUGCUCAAGCAGAGGCAUGUCCAGUUGCUGGGUAGAUCAAUUGACCUGAACAGGCUCAUUACCCAGCGUAUCUCGGCAGCGAUGUACAAAUCGUUAGACCAGGCCAUUAGCCGCUUUGAGAGUGAGGACCUGACAUCCAUAGUGGAGCUGGAGUGGCUCUUGGAAAUAAAUCGCCUGACUCACAGGUUGCUGUGCAAGCACAUGACUUUGGACAGCUUUGAUGCCAUGUUCCGGGAGGCCAACCACAACGUCUCCGCGCCCUAUGGGCGCAUCACCCUCCAUGUGUUCUGGGAGCUCAACUUUGACUUUCUACCCAACUACUGCUACAACGGAUCCACCAACAGGUUUGUGAGGACAGCAAUCCCGUUCACGCAGGAACCCCAGCGGGACAAGCCAGCCAAUGUUCAGCCAUAUUACCUCUAUGGAUCCAAGCCUCUCAACAUUGCCUACAGUCACAUCUAUAGCUCCUACCGCAAUUUUGUGGGGCCACCUCAUUUCAAGACAAUCUGCAGGCUUCUUGGCUAUCAAGGCAUCGCGGUGGUCAUGGAAGAGCUGUUGAAGAUCGUCAAGAGUCUGCUCCAAGGCACCAUCCUCCAGUACGUGAAGACUCUGAUUGAAGUAAUGCCCAAGAUAUGCCGCUUGCCGAGACAUGAAUAUGGCUCUCCAGGAAUCCUGGAGUUUUUCCACCAUCAGCUGAAGGACAUCAUUGAGUAUGCGGAGCUGAAGACCGAUGUGUUCCAGAGCCUCAGAGAAGUGGGCAAUGCCAUUCUCUUCUGCCUUCUUAUCGAGCAGGCUUUGUCCCAGGAAGAAGUUUGUGAUUUGCUGCAUGCUGCUCCCUUCCAAAAUAUUUUGCCCAGGGUCUACAUCAAAGAAGGAGAACGCUUGGAGGUGCGCAUGAAGCGUCUCGAAGCCAAGUAUGCCCCACUUCACCUGGUUCCCUUAAUAGAGAGGCUGGGCACUCCACAGCAAAUAGCCAUCGCCCGGGAGGGUGACUUGCUGACCAAGGAGCGGUUAUGCUGCGGGCUGUCCAUGUUCGAGGUGAUCCUGACGCGAAUUAGGAGCUACCUGCAGGACCCGAUCUGGCGAGGGCCACCCCCGACAAAUGGGGUCAUGCACGUGGACGAGUGUGUGGAGUUUCACCGGCUCUGGAGUGCCAUGCAGUUUGUGUACUGCAUCCCCGUGGGCACCAACGAGUUCACUGCAGAGCAGUGCUUUGGAGAUGGUCUGAACUGGGCAGGUUGCUCUAUCAUUGUUCUCCUUGGACAGCAACGGCGCUUUGACCUCUUUGACUUCUGCUACCACCUGCUGAAGGUGCAGAGGCAGGACGGGAAGGAUGAAAUCAUAAAGAACGUGCCCUUGAAGAAGAUGGCCGACAGGAUCAGGAAGUAUCAGAUCCUGAACAACGAGAUUUUUGCCAUCCUGAACAAGUACAUGAAGUCAGUGGAAACAGACAGUUCCACGGUGGAGCACGUACGCUGCUUCCAGCCCCCAAUCCACCAGUCGCUGGCCACCACCUGCUAGUGUGGACGUUGACCCCGCACAGGUUGGGAAGGGAGAAGGGACUGAACCCAGAACAGCUGGGAGGGCUAAACUCGACGGCAUGAGACCUGGCAGCAAAGUAAGACUGGGUAUGCCUACUACACACGAGGAUGCAUCUUUCCCAUCCAGCCCUGUUUGAGUGCAUGUUCUUCUGUACCAUCCCUGUGAUCGGUUUUACUUGUAGCUUUCUGACUUGGGGGGGGGUGGGGGUGGGGGGGCAAAAUGUACUUUUCUUCCAUGAAGUGGUCCAGUUUUUCCCUGUGAUUCCUCCAAUCGAACACAUCACUCUGAAGCCAUAUUGCAGUCCCAAACGUGGGGGUCCUGGUGGAAGAGCUCCAUGCUUCCACAGCGCCAGGAGCCCACUCCCACCGCAGAAGCAAUGGGGCAAAUCAACACCCCCAGUGACAUGUGCCACCAGCCACGGAGCAGGAAGGUCUGAAGACAAGCCCCUGAUUCACUCUUUGAGGGGAAGAAGGGAGGAAGGCAGGUUGUCACCUGUGGCAGCACCCUGAGGAUCAAGCGAUGGGCGCAGAGGAGCCGUGCCGGGCUGGUCUUGGAUGGCUGCAUGCCCCAGGCUGGGGCUAGCUUCGUGCUCUCUGCCACAUCGUCGGCCUUUCUAGCAUCUGUUAAAGGGAGCUUUGGCACGUGGGUUUCAGAAUAGCGAUGAUGUAGUCGCCAAAUAACUCCUCAGCACUUCAGAAUGCUGGGGAAAGGAAAAAUGGCCUGGCUUUUUCCCUGCUAUGGGACAUCCACUUAUUUUAAUGCAAAGGGUUCUCCCCCGAAGACACAUCUUCCAUGGACUAAACAAGAUUUCUUGCGGACUACGGAAGAGGCUGCAUUCAUGUGAAUGUGCUUUUGAACAUAUUCAUUUGGGUGGAAAUAAUCACUGGUCCUGACAGGACGCAGGUGUAGUUACCUUGAACAUACGUGAUCUUUUGAUCUUCGGCCAAGGAUGCGAGCUGGGGUGUGUAAUUUGUGUAUGUUCUGGGAUGCUAUUUUCCCUUGUUUAUAGACAAAUUCCUAGUGGCACAGCAACCAAAUACCUUUCUUCAGAGAAUGGUGACUAUCAGCAGGGUUUAGGAAACUUCCCAUCACUCAGAAAUGAUGUGAUUGUUUAGAAGAGGUAAAAUACAGGAUAAGCAUUAAAAAAUACCCAGAAUUUUCCAAGUUUAAAGGUAUUCAGAGGGAACACUGGAGUCUCUUUCUCACUCAGCUAAUCUAAGAUGCCUGGACACUGAGAACAAAUUCAGCAGGAACUUCAAGGAUUUCAUAACUCAUGGUCUUCCCUGCUUCCCCUCAGUAGUGUCAUUGAAGAGAUACAAAAGCUUGUGCUUGAAUUUAAAGGAGAUCAAACCACAUGCUCCAAGAGAAAAUGAUGCUAGCCUCAUCACUGGCAAUAUUUUAAUUUCUCAGCUUUAGCCAGGUCACAGCAGGUAAUUGCUGUUACGGUAUACAGAUGUGAUAAUAUAUAUUCCUUUCAUGCAUUUCAUCAUGCCUUGUAAACUGCAUGCUAUUACAGAUGUUAAAAAGGCAGAGCCUGGGCAUUUAUUCUCUCAGAGGGAACAUAUAAUUAAUUAGCAGAAAUGUCUCAGCUGGAGUAUUUUGUCUUGGGAAACAACAGCCAGCACACUACUAUUAGCAAGAGGAAAUCUUGCUGGGUGGGAUGAAUUUGUUCUCCCAGACACUCACCACAUACUCCCUUGAUAAUCAAUAAAUACCCCACACGUGAAAACUGCUGGACAUUUUUACACCUUGAGUUUCCUUUAAUUACCGAGACAGACAUUUAAACUGCAGGGAGGAAAUUGUGCAGCACAGUAAUUGAAAGUAAAAUGAAAUCUCAGGAAGUCUGGCUGAAAUCUUUGAGUGGCAGGGAAGGACCCAGCCCACCAAGGUGAGUUGUUUCCGCCGUGUCGUGAGGAAGAGCAGCAGAAGAGCAUUUGGGACUCGACGCUGCAGGGCUCUUGCUCUCUAUUUACUCUUCCACUAAGGAUGUCAGUUCUGGCUUUCCAUCAUAUUCCAACACUCUACACUACUGGAGUGAGGGUAUCUACAGAUAUAUAUUUUUAAAAGGAAGAGGAGAAUCAAGCACUUUAUUUUUUGUGGAAAACAAGAUACGAGGAAGAUAGAUCCAACCAAGAUCCUAUUUUUCCUGACCUAAAUAGUAAGUGCUUGUUAUUUUGGUAUGAAAGUGUUGCUGAAAAAGUGGCACAAGUCCCUGUCUGGCUCUCAGAGCCACCUCUGGGCACAGCACAAAUUAAAUGUCCUACUGCGUCUGACAUGGUAUGGGAUGUUGGAGUCUUCUCAGAAACCAGCAUGAGCAAGAAGUUACUACAAAAGGAUGAACUGUACCACACAGCCCAGUCUCAGCUACCUAGACAAAAUAGGAUAUAGUAAGGUGAAUUUAAAUGCCUGUUUUCAUCUGUUUAGGUCUGGAAUGAGUCAUGAGAUAUUUUACCUAAACAUGAAUAUCACUUUGCAUUCUUUUGCUGUAGUUUUGCCAUAAUAAUUCUAUGAAACCCUGCAAAACACAGUUGCAUGUACUUGAAAGAACAGGUAGAUGAAGUCUAUUUGUUGCCCUCAGAUCUGCUGGCAAAAAAGUAAAAUCCCUUCGGAUUCCAAGGGAUUAAAAGUAUUGAGCAAAAUGUCCAAAGUGCAUGCACAAAAUGUAAAGUGUUUUUGACUGUAGAGUGUAUGCAGAUGUUUUGCCUUGUUGCUCAAGUAGUAUGAGAUAUCAGCUAGGAAUAAUCUUAUGGUCUUCAUUUCUGUGAUUUGAUGUUAUUGUCCUUUUAUUAUCUAAAGGAUGCAAAUACUCUUUAGCUUCAGUUCUCUAACCCUCCUUGACUGUGUAUGAGAAAGAGGUCCAGGCUUAGGUCUUUAAAGAACUCCAUGAAAAUGGAAUUUUUUUCUUCCUAUCCUUUUUUUAAUGUCAUAAUUGUUAAUGGAAAUAAGGAGCAAAUUUGUAACAGUAGGGCUAAACAGUAACAGAUAGCCACGGCGUCGGGUAUAUUCUCCACACUUGCAGACUUUCUGCCAAGUUUGGGUGUCUUCCUUGCAGAUAAGCUCUAAUCCUAUAGUUUUAUGCCCUUUACAAUCUGCAGACCCCUAAUUUUUUUCCUAGGGAAAUAUGGACCCAUGUCUGGAUACUUUAAGUCCACAGACUAUGGGCUUGCUUUUUUACCUACAUUUUCCUGCUUACUCUGAAGUAGUCUGCAAACACCCCGGAAUUUACCGGCCUCCACUUGGAAUGUCUACUUCAAAGACAAGUUGCUGGCUCGAUACAGGAAUUACCGGGGGGGGGCGGGGGGAAGGAUGGCCUGUGUCAUGGAUGAAGUCAGACUAGGUUAUUUUAAUGUUCCCUCCGGGUUUGACAUUAUAAAAUGUGACUAUUGGCAGUGCACAUGCCUUUCUUGGGUGAUGGUACACUUGACUUUCAAUGAUACAAUAGAAAGGGGAAGCAAACUAGUUCAAGCUCAGCACUUCAGUGGUUUUCCUUUUAAAUUCUGACAGCACUUAUUAGCAUUGAACAACAUGUUAGUCCUUUUUCUCCUGCAUUACUCCAGUCCAGUAGGUUCAUGUGUGUUUGAGAACAAAAGAAAAAAGUAUUGAAGGUGUAAAAAAACCAAGAAAAUAUUCUCAAAAACUCUUGUCAAAUGUACCAUAUUUGUAUGAAAAGCUGCUUGAGUUAUUUUGUACAAUGAAUUUUAUUUAUGGUGAGGUAUAUUUACGCUCGUGAUCUGAUACGGUGUUAAAUUUUUGAUCCAUAUUUGCUAUGCAGCUGAAGAUGAUAUUUUGGUUUUGUAUUAUUAUUUUUUGCUGUUGUUCUAAAAUUCAGCUAACAGAAGCUUCCAUCUCCAUUAGAAAUGCUUCUGCAAGAGUAAAGCAUCUGGUACAUGGUGAUAUGUCCCGUAACACAGCAACCAACAGUGUGUACAACAAAUGUGGGAUGACUUUUGUGAUGAAGAGAAAUAAAAAUUGGGCUCAUUCAUGAAAUGGGCAGACUUUA